ACAAUCCCGCUGGGUCAUGUGAUGUGUCCAAGAUGGCGGCGCGCAGUGUUUUCCGUGCGGCUUUGUUCCGGGACCGAGUGGCACUGGUGACGGGCGGAGGGAGCGGGAUCGGUGCUGCCGUGGCUGCCGAGCUGUUACGAUUAGAAUGUCACGUUGUGAUUGCAUCCAGGAAAAUAGAGAGACUGAGAGAAGCUGCACACCAACUGGCGGCUUCAAUUCCUCCAUCCAGUUCUGCAAAGGUUACACCAAUUCAGUGUAAUAUUCGCAAGGAGGAUGAGGUGAGGAAUUUGAUGAAAGCUGCCUUGCAGUUACAUGGUCGUAUUGACUACCUGGUGAAUAAUGGAGGAGGCCAGUUUCUCAGUCCGGCCGAACACAUCACAGCCAAAGGCUGGAACGCUGUGAUCGAGACCAACCUGACUGGAACGUUCUACUGUUCCAGAGAAGUCUAUUCCGCCUGGAUGAAGGAUAAUGGUGGGGCCAUUGUGAACAUUAUUGCUGAUAUGUGGAAAGGAUUCCCAGGAAUGUCGCACACAGGAGCAGCGCGAGCGGCUGUAGAUAAUCUUACCAAGAGUCUGGCCAUUGAGUGGGCUGCCAGUGGAGUGCGCAUCAACGCUGUGGCUCCUGGGCUCAUUUUCUCGGAAACAGCUGUCGCCAAUUACAAGGAGCUGGGACCCGAACUGUUCAAAGGUUACAUCCCGAAAAUCCCAGCCAAGAGGCCGGGGAUACCAGAGGAGGUCGCUUCUGUCGUUUGCUUCCUGCUCUCCCCUGCAGCCUCGUUCAUCAGUGGGGAGACCGUCAAGGUUGAUGCUGCUCAAAGCCUGUACCACAGUCCAUGGGAAAUCCCGGACCACGACCGCUGGCCGCCUGCCCCUGAGAGCAGGAACUCUGCCGUUCUGGCUGCUUUCCUCUCGGGAAAACUUCCUUCAAAAUUAUGAGCAGUCUCAGGAGCGUCUCCAGGACACCGCACCAUCAUCCAGUAUUUUCAAUUGUUUACCCUGAAAUUUAUACAAUUGUACUGAUUUUUGUGUGGCAGAUUUUUAAAGAAUGCUUAGCCAAGAAAUGUCAAAGCAAUAAACUGGGAGAGAAC